GCUCCCCUGCCCCCAACUUGGGAGCUAAUUCAGCAGUUUCAGAGGAAGACCCACCUUGGAACGUCGCUCUUACUUUUGUGGGUUAUUCCAAGCUUCUCUUUUCUCUCUCCUUUCAGAGGAAGAUUUCCAGCAGCCUGCAUAGAUUUUCUCUUCAGUGCUAAGAAGAAGCCCAUCACAAUGGUACAUGGCCAAGGAGGUGUUAAAUUCCAGAACUGGGCUAAGACUUAUGGCUGCUCUCCAGAAAUGUAUUUCCAGCCAGCCACGGUGGAAGAGCUGAAAGAGAUCUUGGAUCUGGCCAGGCAGAGAAGUAAGAAGGUGAAAGUGGUUGGGGGUGGACAUUCCCCUUCGGACAUUGCCUGCACAGAUGACUUCAUGAUCCACAUGGGAAGGAUGAACAAAAUUCUGAAGAUGGACAAAGAGAAGAAGCAGGUGAAAGUGGAAGCUGGGAUCCUUCUCUCUGAUUUGAAUGUGGAGUUAAACAAUCAUGGCCUGGCUUUGCCCAUUCUAGGGGCUGUUUCAGAUGUGGCAGCUGCUGGGGUCAUUGGCACCGGCACACACAACACCGGCAUCAGACAUGGCAUAUUUGCAACUCAGGUAGUAGCUUUGACCUUGUUGACAGCUUCUGGGGAAAUCCUGGAGUGUUCCGAAUCCACAAACUCUGAACUUCUCCAAGCUGCCCGUGUCCACCUGGGCUGUUUGGGUAUCAUCAUCGACAUCACGUUCCAGUGUGUGAUGGAGUUCUAUCUGCAAGAGACCACCUUCCCAUCCACUCUCAAGGAGGUCCUGGACAACUUAGAUAGUCAUCUAAAGAAAUCUGAGUAUUUUCGUUUCCUGUGGUUCCCUCACAGUGAAAACGUCAGUGUCAUUUACCAGGAUCACACCAACAAGCCUCCAUCUUCCUCAGCCAACUGGUUCUGGGACUACGCCAUGGGAUAUUACUUGCUGGAGUUCCUUCUCUGGAUCAGCACGUUCCUGACCUUCCUGCUGCCCUGGAUCAAUCGCUUUUUCUUCCGGCUCCUCUUCACCAGCAAAGUUGAAAAUACCAACUUAAGCUACAAGAUCUUCAACUACUUAUGUCAAGCCAAGCAGCACACUUUAAGGGACUGGGCUAUCCCCAUUGAAAAAACAAAAGAGGCUCUUUUGGACCUGAAGGGGAUACUGGAGAGCAACCCCAAAGUGGUUGCCCACUAUCCAGUGGAAGUGCGCUUCACCCGAGGGGAUGAUAUUCUGCUGAGCCCCUGUUUCCAGAGGGACAGCUGCUACAUGAACAUCAUCAUGUACAGGCCCUAUGGGAAGGAUGUCCCACGUCUUGACUACUGGCUUGCCUAUGAGGGAAUCAUGAAGAAAUAUGGAGGAAGACCACACUGGGCAAAGGCUCAUACCUGUAUCCGGAGGGACUUCGAGAAGAUGUAUCCUGAGUUCCCGAAGUUCUGCGCCAUCAGAGAGAAACUGGAUCCCCGGGGAAUGUUCCUGAAUGCCUACCUGGAAAAGGUCUUCUACUGACAGCUGGAAUGGAAAAGGUGGCGAUAGGGAAGGAUGAGGAAAUAUCUCCAGUGGCCAUUUGCAUGAUCAACCAGCAACACUCCCUCAGUGAGAUCAUCCAGACUAACACAAGAUGCAUGAUGCGAUUCCUCUAAUUUCAAGUCUUAACUGAAGAAGCUGCCCCCAUCUUUCUUCCAACCAAUAAACUGUAAACUCAUUUGAAACACUUAAUGAGAGCCUGGCUUUCUAUUACUAUUAAACUGCUUCUGGAUCUCCA